CGCUCUAAAGUUCUCCUUAUCUCACGAUGUUUGUCUCUUCCGGAAAAGCCUAUUUCCUGUAUCUUUCAUCAUCGCUCUCUACCUCUCAUUUGCUCUCCAUUUUCUCUCACCCGAUAGGCCUGUGUUUGAUGUUUUGUAGACAUUACCACCCUCAACCUGAUGGGAUCCCGCUCGCAGAACGUAAAACCUCCUCGCAAGCAAAAACCCGAAGCUUUUCCUGCGUGUUGGGGUAGCUGGAAUCGGAUCAGUUACCGUGCAACCGAGAACCAGGUCAGACGUACUUUUCCUGUUCCGGGUAUCGUUUUAUCGUGCGGUGUAUCGUUACCGGCGGGCAGCACAUGCCCGGAAGUUUUCCGAGUGGUAGGCGCCCGAGCUUCCCGUAGGAAAAAGCCGAGCAAAACGUGAUUGUGUUGGGUGGGAAAACGGUCGUCGGAACGGAAAAAAGUGGAACGCCAAUUAAGAAAGGGUGUGAAAAUCAGCAAACGGGAAGUUUUGCGGGUGCGUUUUAUUCUAUUGUUUCAUGUGAAUCGGUUUUUGGGGUAAAAUGUUUCACACUAAUAUUGUUCGUCUUAAAGUUCGCAAGUGAUGUACUUCGUCUUUCUGCCCACACGUAAGAAACAAAAGAGCAGCUAGAGAGAAGCGUGAACAAUACAGACAACAACAAGAAAAAAUACGGUGCGGCAUGAUAGCAUAAGUUCGCACCACGAAAAGGGAGAGCCACAAUCGUGCCAAAGCAGUCGGUGGGAGAGAUUUUUCGUUUGUACCGUAGCAAAGGAUCAAAAAUCAGUUUUACUCGAAAUAAAAAGAAAACAAAAGGCUGACCUAUGAUACCCUGCGAAUAUUUUUUUUUAAACUGUCGUAUAAUAAUUGAACCGUGGAACAUGAAAAUGGGUACGCUUUUGCGGAUGUUUAGCGGUCCUGAUAAACCCAGAUGAAGAUGAAACCAAAAAAUGUCUUAAAAUUUAGAGAAACAAAACAAUACGUGGAAUGUUGGGAAUGUUGCCAUGAAAAAUGAAGCAAGUUUUUGAAGUGUAGCGAGGAGGGAAUAAAGGGUUGAAAAACGGAAAGUCCAAAAUCGAAAACCAUUUCAUGCUAAGCCUUAAGAAGACUUGCCACACACACACGAAAGGUCGUUUCGGAUUAGCGUGAACACAAAAGGGAUGGAUAAAAUCUCGGGGCAAAACAAAAACACUUCAGGUGAAAAUGCAUCACUACGAAGGAAAAAAAAAAAUUUCCGAUUUUUUUCCGGGUUGUUGCGGAUAUGUUUUUUAAAACUCACAUUACAAAAAGCGAAUGUUACGAAAACCUUUCCAAGAAUGAGGGAAAACAAAAUAGUCCAACAAAAAAGAAAAACAAAAGGAAAACACUCACCCAACGCACACACACAUUUCUCGGUUGUAGGUAAAUGGGGGAAAAGAAGGAUCUUUUGACCCACCGUUUUUUGACCAUUUCGGUAAAUGGAAGUGUACACAAAAAGGGAUGGUGAAAAAUCACAUUUCUCAUCUCACAGCAUGCAUAAGAAAAACAAAACAAAAAUAACCUAAACUCCGGGAUGGUUCAGGCAUUGCCUCGGGAAAAGUGGAGUUUGCCAACGAGCAGAAGAAACUCGUUCUAAGCAAAAACAAAAAAAAAAACAACAACUAGGACCAUUGGCUGGUAAAAUCGUGUGCAUGUGUACAACGAGGGUUGAAAAGUUGAUGCGUUUUCCCCUUUAGUCGCGUUUUGCGUUCGUUAUUCUUCCCUUUUUCUCACCCCGUCCAUUUUCUUUUUCUUAUGCUUUUUGGUGGAUGGGAGGGGAUAGGAUUCUGUUUUGGUUUUUCUCCACCAAUCCCCGUUCCCUUCCGGCCCAAAACACUCACUACCCGUUGGUGCAUCGGUUGCUAUAAUUUUAAUGUUUUUGUGCACGGGCCCGGAAACAUAAUUAAUGCAAAAAGCUACCGGAAGCUCUCGGAAGUCCCGAGCACUGCUUUCCAAACGGCUCGUGUAUGUGUGUGUGCAAUUUUUUUUUUUGUUUUUAUUUGGGAGAAAAAGGAAAAAAAGGAUGGGAAAAAUUGUAGAAUAUAAAGGUGGAGGUUUUACUUUCGCCAUUUUUUUACGUUGCUAAUGACAUCCUGCAAUGGUGCAGUGAGAGAAUGUGCGAGAUGUGGAAAAAAAUUGGAAUUUGUGCUUAAAAUGAGCUAAAACAAUUAUUCGACCGGAAAGCAGCAGCAGCAGCAGCCGGAUGAAGAAACUUCCAGCAAAAUGGCACUUAAUUUCGCAUAGUCGCGUCAAUACGAGAACGAGAAUGCUUUAAAGCACAAAUGGGUGAAAGUGAAUCAGAUUCAGCUGGGGGUAACCAACGUCAUUCAACGUCCGGAAUGGUUUAGCUAAAAAGAACGCCUUCAGCUGCCCUGCCACAGGCAAAACACAGGAUGGAGCAAAGAAAAUCAAGAAAAGCAACAACAAAAAUUGUAGCUGGUUGACCAUAAAAUGAGAAAACCAACCACCGAUGAAUUCCGUCGGGUAUUCGGAUAAAUCCAAACAAGGAACUGAUGGGCAGUCGUCGUUUUUUUUCUCUCUAGCGUUCUUCAAUGUAUCUUCCUUUUGCUACAAGUGUCGUUUUGCUUUUGAAGUGCAUUUGAAAGAGUGAAAUUAGUGUUUGCUAGCUGUGGGCCAAAAGUGGUUUCCAGCCCCAUAGUGCGACUAGUGGAAAUAAGGAAAAUCAAUAGAAAAUUGUGCAAUUCGUAUACUCGAUACGCGAGAGAGCCAAUAUUGGUGUUAUUUAUUUUUUUGUUAAAUCUUUUUCAAUCAUUGCGAGUGUAUGGUGUUUGAGUGUAUGUGUAUGAAAUAAAAAAAAGUACGCGGCAAGAUGAGAAAAAAUUGUCCAACGCGGUGUAAGAAAUCGCUCGAGUAAACCUCCGGGGAGAAAUAGGGGUUGUUUUAGGCGGUUGUGUUUAAAAGGUAAAAGUGGAAAAUUGUGCCCGGGUGCACAAAAAAAAAGAGAAGAAAGCAUGAAGCGUCGCGUGACGAUCGUGUACAAUCCGGUGCAGCCGGGCAGUCGACAUCAGCCACAUCAGCAUCAUCAUGCUACCCUUCAGCAGCAUCCACCACCGACGGGAACGUUCCCAGCCGGUGGGCACCAACCGACAACAUUAGCAUCCUCCUCAUCAACGUCAGGUUCCGCUUCCCAGCACAUAGUCAGCACCUCCCUCUGCCUGUCCUGCAUGGCAACCACUUCCAAUCCCACGUCCGCAUACCGAUACACGUCCUCCUCCUCCUCCACCUCAUCGACAUCCUUUCCGUGCCAACGGUGCUGCUCGAUAUCAUCCAUUUUGAAAUCGUCGCCGGCAUCAGCGCCGCCGCCGACACCGUGGAGUGCCUCAGAAAAAGCAGCACAAAUAGAAGAUGCUCUUAAUAAUAACCAUCACCACCAUCAUCACCACCACCACCACCACCAUCAACAUCAUAACCACCAUCAUCAGCAGCAACCGCACCAGCAUCACAAACCAUCGACGGACGGAUGUUGUGCGGGCACGACCGAAUGCAACGGCCGGCAGCAUCCGGACCAGGGCUGGUGCAUGUACCUGGCCGUCGGGCUAAUUGCGGCCCUGUGCUAUCUGAACGGCAUUCAGGGUGACUUCGUGCACGACGACAUACCCGCCAUCACGCUCAACAAGGACGUGCUUGGGAUUGGGCCGGUGGCGCAGGUAUUUCGCAACGACUUCUGGGGCACACCGAUGGCCGACCUGAGCAGCCAUAAAUCAUACCGUCCGCUGACCACGCUGACGUUUCGCCUCAACUAUCUAACCUUCGGCCUGCGUUCGGUAUGGUUUCAUGUGACAAACGUGGCCCUGCAUGCCGUCGCCACGAUGCUCUUCACACGCGUCUGCCUAACGAUAGCGGGACUGCGGCGAAACUUUGCCAUACUGGCCGGCGUCCUGUUUGCCGUCCAUCCAAUCCACACCGAAGCGGUGACGGGCAUCGUGGGACGUGCCGAUGUGCUGGCGUGUAUAUUCUUCCUAAUUUCGCUGCUGGUUUACCACGGCCGUUCUCAUGAACCCGACAUGAACUCGAUAUGGCUCAGCAUCGUACUCGGUGGGCUAAGCAUGCUGGCCAAAGAGACGGGUAUCACCGUGUUUCUGCUCAAUGUUGCGUACGACACGUACCGCAACUGGCCAGCCCUUAAGCGCACCGUACAGGAUAUGCGCUGGAGCGAAGAAACCCAUCAGUUCGGGCGCCGUGUGUCGCGAGUGCUGCUCUCGAUGGGGGUCCUGCUUGCGGUACGGUUAGCCCUGCUGCAGGGUUCGCUACCAAGGUUCUCGCAACAGGACAAUCCGACCGCCUUCCAUCCGAACCUGUACGUGCGUUUGCUUACCUUCUGCUAUCUGGCCGCUUUCAACUGGUGGCUGCUGCUGUGUCCAUCCACGCUCAGCCACGACUGGCAGAUGGGUUCGAUCCCGCUCGUUACUACGGUCAGCGAUCCGCGUAAUUUGCUCACGUUUAUUGCGUUCGGUGCGGUGCUACUGUUCGCCUGUCGUGGGCUUAUGGAUUGCGAGCAUCAGCGUCACGUGCCGGUGGUAUUAGGGUUUCUAUUAUUAGUGCUACCGUUUCUGCCCGCCACAAACCUGGUCGUAACGGUGGGCUUCGUCGUUGCCGAGCGUGUUCUCUACAUUCCUAGCAUGGGUUGCCUGAUUCUGGUGGUGUACGGUGCACAGCGACUGUGGGAACGUUCGGACCGACUGCGAAGACCAAUUCUGUUGCUUAGCAUCGUACUGCUGGCGGCCGGCUGUCUCAAAACCAUCGCCCGUAACCAGGACUGGAGUUCGCGCGAAGCAUUGCUACGCUCGGGCCUGAAAACGUUACCGCACAACGCCAAAAUGCACUACAAUUUCGGCAAUUUCCUGCGGGACUCGUCGCAACCCGAACCGGCCAUCGCUCAUUAUCGGGAGGCGCUGCGGCUGUGGCCAACGUACGCCAGUGCACACAACAACAUCGGCACGCUCAUGCCGCAGUUCGCCACGGCCGAGUAUCACUUCCGGGAGGCUAUCAAAUAUGCAUCCGAGCACAUUAACGCGCACUACAAUCUAGGCCAAUUAUACAGAAAAUCGAACCGUACGACCGAUGCGAUCCGGAUGCUGGAACGUUGCAUUCAGCUGGAACCACUCUUUACCGCUGCUUACCUGGAGCUGGUGAAGCUGUACGGUGGACAGCCGGCAGCUGCCGGUCGGUUGCUUGCACGCGUUGUACGACUCAAUCCGUACAAUGCGGACCUUCGCCGACAGUACGGCGACUGGCUGAUGGAGCAAAAUAUGUUGCUGGAAGCGUUCAAACAAUACCAGGAAGGGAUCAAAAUAAUGGAAACUCAUCAAUUAUCCGUGAUUGGAGCCUGUCGCUGUCUACGCAAAAUGGGACAACAGUCGCGAUUACAUCAAAUGGUGCUGAGAUGGCAAUUUAUAGUUCGCUUAUCGAACGGCGGCAUUCCGAUACAGAACGAUAUCUAUCUCCGUGAUUGGAGCAUAAAGCACGAGCUUCGCAACCGGGCGAUGAUAUACGACAGUGGUAGCAGCACUAGUAGCAGCAGUACUAGUGGAUCCACCGCUAGCAGCAGUAUUGUGAAGAGCAACAAAGCCCCCAUCGCUAGUCGGAACGCCGAAAGCAUAAAAGAUUGCUCCCACACACAUCCCGGCAAACAUACGGAGCAACGACCACAACCGGAACCGGCCGAAAUUAGCAUACGAAUUUUGCGCACACCACACUGUAACCGGUCGGAACAUCUUCCCAGCUCACUGAAAGCUUGCAAACUAGCGGCCGCAUCUGCAUCCUCGCCCGAACCCACCAACACUGUCGCCACCUCGCACACGGGUAAAGGUAGUGGGAAAUCGAAAAAAUGGUCCAAAACGCGUCACAAACCGAAACGGCAGCAACCGGCCGGUACGGCACUCGAUCCGAACGGUGCCCUUGCACCGUUGCUCGUGUCAAACCUGCUCGAUAAGCUGUAACGGACAGAUUUCGGGGUAAGGUUUGGUAAGCUAAACGUAGGAGAAAAGGUGAGGCGUUAAACCGUGUCCGGAUUAGUCCCACGCAAGUGCACGGUCCCGUGAUGAUCGAUGGUGAUGAUUUUAUUUCCGCCCCCGGUUUAAAAAUAAAUACCCGCCCCGGGGAGUUGCACGGGAAUGAACUGAUUUCAAACAAAGCAAUGGAACAAACCGCAUCAUAUAGAGAAGCAAAUCGCCCGAAAUAGCAUGAUAAAUCGCAUUACAUUACUUAUCAUCGUACGCAACCAGGAAGAAGAAAAAAAACCAAGUGGACAGGGAGCAAAUAGAGUCGCUAGAGUGAACGCAAUAAUCACUCGGAUAACUGACAUUAUCGCCUCAUCCCUGAAUUCCCUUCGCGUGGUUUUUUGGAGCAAAUCCGCAAAAGGGCAAAUUGUAAUUAUUAUAAUCCCAAAGCCUGUGCUUAACAAAUGCUCGCCGUAACAGCUGUACAUUUUCGAACAUUUGGUAGACGAAUAGGUUGAUAGAUAACGCGAACGAUUAUCCAUACACAUAUAUAUAUAGGACCUGUAAAUACGCACAUCCCAACGGGAGUCGAGAGGUAAGUGAGUGAGAUGCUAGUGAUUAGUGGCGAAGUAGUGAACUCCACAAGCAACGGUGGAUGUGCAUCCUAGACGAACAGGCUGCAUAGCAGUGGGAAGGCAAUAUUUCGAUUAUAAUUCGAACCGUUGAAGAGUAAAUUGUAAAAAAAAACCCGAAGCUAAAAUAUAAGACUGUAGUGAUGGGAAGGCACACACGCAAGCGAACGGCUUGCGGGAACUCUUAUUUCAACUGUCUCGUACAAGCUCGAAUGGUUUCGAAUAUGUGAACAGGAGUGAGCGAUAAGGUUUACUCAUUAAAUGCUAUGAAUUGAUGCUUCAAGAGUCGAGUUUUAUUGUUACCUUUUUUAUAUAUUUCGGCUCUUUUUUUUGGGUGGCGAUUUUUCUGCCUCCCCGGUUGUUCUGUGAAGCUUUUCUUUUUUUGAAAAUGAAAAAUUUUCAUCCACACGAAAGAGGGAAAAAAAGCAACAAUCUGCAUCCAGUUGGAAAUGUUCUAUUCGUUCGAGUGAGUGCCGAAAUUAAACGAACUGUAAGUAGCAUUUCAUACGCCCCGUAGAUAUAUUUGUGUUUAACGAGGUGCAGCAUUGCUUACUGCAAUGAAACGAUGGUCCGCUCAUACCUGUCAGGUUGUCAGUAUUUGAAUCGGGUUCAGUGUGCUUUUAUUUUUUUAAUAAACCCCAUCCGAAGCGUUGAAUAGUGUGCAGGCACUGGAGAGUAACGAAUUUAUAACCUGUUCUCCCAAUGAGCAUUGGGUGACCCAUCACUGCAUCUUCGUCAGUGCAACGGACCGCAAUAAUGACCAACCGAGAGAUUAUUUUAAAUUAAUAAAAAACAAAGAAAGAAAAAAAUAACGUCAGCCAAACUACGCUAGCCUGUUUAUGUUUUGAGUGAAGGUUUUUGGUCGGGGUUUUAGUUUUUUUGUUUUCUUCUUGCCCUCUCCAAAUGCAAAUAUGAAGAACGCAAAUCAAUUACAACCAAACCCAAGUGGAUGGAAAAACAGAGAAGGAAAAACAAGGUAUCGGGCACCGUUUGCUGUAAAACGACUCUAUAAUUGGACGAACUUGAAGCGAAUGGAAGCAGUGUGUAAAUGAAACCAAUGAGCGAAUAAAAAGGACAUAAAAAUCAGCGCUUCAUCCACUCUGUCCGCUUCGGGUGUGUUUGAUGAGGAACAUUUUGAAAAGCGCAAAAAAAAACACACAAACACGAGAGAAAGAGAAAAAAAGGUCGUCCGAAUCGUUGUAUCGAAGCGAAACUGGGAAUUGAUUGGGCAACAGAAAUGCACGGGGCGAAUUGUAACGUGAGAAAUGAAAACAAUACUGUAAACCGCUAAAGCGAUCGAAACCGAUCAAUAAUAAAAACAGCAUUUUUAAAUAAAAUUUUCACAAAAAUCAUAAA